UUGGCAACACUACAACUAUCAUGCCAGUUUCGCAUAACCUCAUCUUUUGCUGUGUUUAUUGUUCCUGGAAAACGCGUAUUACACGAAAAAUAACCCACCACUAAGGAUCUUAGGUAGUGAUUUGAUUUCGAGCAUAGCAACGUUGUUCAGCCGAUUGACUUUUCUGUAAGGAUGGAGGCGAAGAAGGAAGACACAAUGGAAGUUGACGAGGAGAAAAUGGUCACAGAGUCGAUGGACACUAGCUCAGAUAAAAAGCCUGCGACAAAUGUGAUGGCCAGCUCCGCAACAAUCCCGUCAGUGACCAUCUCGCUGCACCCUCUGGUUGUGAUGAACAUCUCUGAGCACUGGACUCGUAUCCGGGCUCAAGAAGGAGCCCGGAAGCAGGUUAUUGGAGCACUCAUUGGGAAGCAGAAGGGACGGAAUAUUGAGGUCUUGAACUCAUUUGAGCUGAAGUUUGAAUUCAACGCCGAUGGGGAUAUCAUAAUCAACAGGGAGUACUACAUAGCCAAGGAGCAGCAAUACAAGCAAGUGUUCAGCGAUUUGGACUUCUUGGGCUGGUACACAACAGGAGAGACUCCAACGGAGAGCGAUGUGAAUGUUCACAAGCAAAUUUGCCAGAUAAACGAGUGCCCGAUUAUGCUUCAGCUGAAUCCCAUAUCCAAAGGGGUCGAUAAACUCCCCAUUGGCCUGUAUGAGUCUAUCAUAGACAUUGUUCAGGGAGAAGCGACUAUGCUGUUUGUCCCACUGAAAUACACCCUCGCCACAGAGGAAGCGGAGAGAAUUGGCGUGGAUCAUGUGGCCAGGAUGUCUGCCAAUGACGGAGGAGAGAAUUCGGUUGUGGCAGAGCAUUUGAUGGCUCAAUAUGGAGCCAUUAAGAUGCUGCACCAGCGAGUGAAGCUUGUUCUGGCGUACAUCAAGGAAGUGGAGAGUGGAAAAAUUAAACCCAACCACGAGAUUCUGAGGGAAGUGUACUCCUUAAGUCAUCGCCUACCAAUCCUGCAGACUCCGCAAUUUCGCCAGGAGUUUUACAUGCAAUCCAAUGAUGUGUGCCUGAUCACAUAUUUGGGAACUCUGACGAAGGGAUGCAACGACAUGAAUCAGCUGGUGAAUAAGUUCAACGUCCUGUAUGAUCGCCAGACCAUGGGAAGACGCAUGAGGAGUCUUUUCUUCUAGGAUUGCUACGCCCAAGAAG